GCUUCGUUCGCGUUCUCCAUCUGCCAUCUGUCUUUUAUGUUUCUGGCUUCAUCUGGCCGUUGACAAACAGCGCAUGGUAAGCGAAAAGCAGGUGAUUGUCAAAUCUCAAGAAACAUGUCAAGUGUCUCCAUUGGAGGAUUGGGACAUUGGCCUGUGUGGGCUGUAGUAUUAUCCCUUCUCAUCUUACUAUUAUGUUGUGGAACGUUCGCAUUCCUGCUGUACCGCAGCCGCGCCGGUACUUCGAAACCGUCGGGUUGCUUGUCCUUCUGGGAACGCGAAGCCCGUCUGGAUAUCGAAGCAGCUGAUUCGAAGCAUGAAAUUUUGCAUGUCCAUAAUGUGGGCGCAACACCGGGACCUGAGAAGCUUCUGUUUUCAAAACCCUCGCUGAGAGCCAUGGCGCUUUUAAAGAAAAGUUCAAGGGAGGAGAUCGGGAAGCACCCGAACGGUUGGGACAAGAGCGAUGAGCAACCGGGAACAGAUGACGCGGCAAGGUCGUCGGACACAUUCUUCUCGCUUGCAUGUCCCGGAUCGCAUCAAUCCUGGUCGUUACCUGUGUCGUGUGAUUCAAAUCCUUUCUUACAGUAUGCACAAGCUCUCGGAUCAGGUAUAGCCGACGUGAAGCGGCUGUCCUUGGUUCCUAUGUCAUCCGUGAUACAUGUUGAAGAGUCUCCCCUCGUGCAGGAAGCUGAAGCGCAGCUCAUUGAUCAAAAUCGCGGAGGGGACGAUGGCACCCGUAGUAACAACGUCAGUCGGCAGGGGUCCAACUUAAAAAGGCAGAAACGGUCUUUAAAGAAGUCUGCAACUGAGCGACGGGGUAAAUUGGUUGAGGAUAACAAUGGCCAAGUUCCAACGCUGAAGCGAUCUGGGACACUUUCACGAUCCGCGACACAUCGGAGAGCACCUCAGGAUAACAUUGCACUUCGGAAUGGUCCAUCCUCCGACGAACCAGCGCAGGUCAGAUCCAAUGACUCUUCAAAUCAACAGGAAAUACGGGAACUAGAUGCAGACAGAGAAUUGUCGGAUGGGCAUGGAAAAGCGAAACGCAGAGCUUCUGCACCCACCCGAAACUCGCGUAGCGGGCGGAAGAAACUUGUCAAAUCAACUGUGACAGACAAAGUCAGACGCUCCUGUACAGUUUCCGGUAACGUUCGACCGACCGGUAAUGCUGAGCGUCAACAAUUUUCCGUCGCCAGCGGAACCGAAUCAUCAGGGGACGAUACUCCACUAGAUGACAAGUCUCGAAGAGGGUUCAUUAUUGACGGAUGCGCAAAGCGCGCGCCAGCCCGUCUUCAAAAGGCGGAGCGACCCUCUGAUUUUGAGGGAAAUGAGCAGGGCAUACAUGAUGGUAAAUUAUCAAAUUUCUCACAGUGCAGUUUAACUGUUGAUACCCGAAACCUACACGAGUCCGACUUGGGUGACCGUCCCUCAGCGUCACAUAUUAGCACCCAUGGACGCAGUGAACAUGCUUGCUCGGCAGGGCUGCACCGGACGCAAAGUACUCUAUACCUGGGAGAGCGAGCAAAAAUCGAGAGACAGAAUGCAGUGAGAUUUUUAGCACGAAGCUCCAGUUAUCGCGUUAUGAAGAUGCAAGAACGCCAUGAAAGCUCAUCACAAGCUGAAAACGAAAGUUGGACCGCGAUCCUGGAAGAAUAUACUCAGGCGUGGGCUAGCUCAUCGACUGCGGUGGAGCAGACGACCGACAGGUUUGGAGAGCGGUGACCAAGAACAUGCGGUCCCGCGUCGCCAUUGUAGUCGGUGAGAUGAAGCUAUCGUCAUUGCGGGAAGCGCUCUCGAAAUUAUCUUAUUAGAUAUCUAUAAAUCUUAAUACUUCUUAGUCAUGGAAGAUGUACUUAGUGUUGGCUUAUAAUAAUAAAUAGUAAGAACUAGAACAACAGCGGUUUAAAAAUACGAUGUUAUUUGCCAUUUGCGAUAAAGGC